UCUCUUCAGAACUGAAACCUUUCCACUCUUCUUCUUCCCAGUGAAGCAGCAGCAAGCGCUCGCCUUCUUGGGAUCCCAAGGUGACAUCACCACGCGCCGCCAGAAUCCUCUCGCCCCCGCCCGCCUUUGCUUCCCGAGGAUCUCCCCCUCGCCGUCUUCCAGGUGCUGUACCGCACCUUCCAAUUCGCUCGAUUUCGGAGUCCUCUAGGUCGCGGCCUCUUGGAUUCUGGAGAUUUCGGGGUCGGUGAGUGCGAACCGGGGGUGAUCUGGUGAACAGGGAGCGUUUCUGGUGGGGCUGGGGUGGAUGGAGGGGAGGAGGAUGCAGCAGCUGUCGGACUCCAACCGGCGCAUCAUGGAGGCCGACGCGGCGCCGCCGCGCCGCGUGUACCAGGCGUGGAAAGGGAGCAAUAUAUUUUUCCUUGGAGGGAGACUUAUUUUCGGGCCUGACGUGAGGUCACUCAUAGCCACAGUUUGCUUAAUUGUAAUCCCAGUGAUCGUCUUUGCUGCCAUUGUUUCUCCACAGCUUGCUUAUGAGUACCAAAACCAAAUUGGAGGUUGGGCUGCAUCUGUAUCUAUCGUCUUUACAGCAUAUAUUCUUGUUCUUCUACUUCUCACAUCUGGCCGGGAUCCUGGUAUUGUUCCUCGAAAUGCUCAUCCUCCAGAACCUGAAGAUAUUGGUGAAUCAUCCAACUUAUCCGGUUGGCAAGGUGGUCAACAUGGCUUGGCUGGUUUACCACUCACCAAGGAUGUUCUUGUUAAUGGUGUUUCAGUCAAGGUCAAAUAUUGCCACACAUGUAUGCUUUACCGUCCACCAAGGUGCUCUCAUUGCUCAAUCUGCAACAAUUGUGUUGAACGUUUCGAUCAUCACUGUCCUUGGGUAGGCCAGUGCAUUGGAAAGAGGAACUACCGCUUCUUCCUUAUGUUUGUGUCUUCAGCGACUUUGCUAUGUAUAUACGUGUUUGCAUUCUGCUGGGUCAACAUCAGGAAAAUAAUGAACACGCAUGAGUGCAAUUUAGGUAGAGCUAUUCUGAAGUCACCCAUCUCCGCCAUCCUCAUGUUAUACACAUUUGCUUCUGUGUGGUUUGUCGGAGGGUUGACCUCAUUCCACCUCUACUUGAUUUCUACCAAUCAGACCACUUAUGAGAACUUCCGGUACCGCUACGAUAGGAGAACCAAUCCUUACAACCGCGGAGUUGCCCAAAACUUCAUCGAGAUCUUAUGUUCAAGGAUCCCCAACUCCAGAAAUAAUUUCAGGGCUAAAGCUAAGGAGGAUUCUGCAGCCUUCACCUCAUCGUUGAGUGUGGGACGGGUCUUAACUCCGCCGAAGCUGAGUGUGGACCUUGAGUCAGGCAUGAAAAGGCAAACUGUCGGCGCGGAAGAAAUGGAGGACUUACACAGCCAGAUUGGCAGCUCUAUGGGGCUUGAACGCUGCGGGACGGAGCCCCCACAUUUCUCCGGUCGGAAGGGUUGCUCUGAAAUUGCAUCUGACGUGGAGGCAUUCUCAGAAGAGUUUGGCAUGGAGAACAGGUUCACCGAGAGGAAAAAGAUCGAGCGGCAUACAAACAAUAAUCCUUAGGCGCCAGCGCUUCCCUCGCGAACGCGCACUUAACCUUCAGUCGACCCCCAUCCCCCGUCUCGGAAGUGGUAAAAAGCUCGGAAAGGAGAAAGAAAACUAGUACAAAUGGUAGAACAAAAAAUAUUGGAUAUUCUGGCUGAAAUUUUAGAUGUUGUUCUUGUAGAUGAAGUAGCAAUAUAGGCAUGGCGAACCCUAGACGGUGUCACUACUCACUACCGCUGUUUUGAUUUGGAAUGUGUUUUACUGCUAGAUGAUAUGGACUGCACCUGUUAGUUAGUCCAUUGGUUGUAGGUUUUAAUGUUUUAUUUAUGUGUGCUACAGUUGUCUCACAGAUUUGUUGAAGUUGUAACUUGUGACAUUAACCUGUCUAGUGUAUCCUACUGAUCAAGUAUCCUGCGUGCGUUCACUUCUUUGGCUGA